AAACAAACGAUCGAAAAGCCCAGGCCCAACCACAACCACCUCUCCACUUUCACUCUGCGGUUGCCCUCUUCUUCCCAGAGCACACUCCAACUCCGCCAUAGCUGAAAUCUCCACACUAACAUUAUCUAGCCACGCGUUUACUGAAAUUCUCUCAAAGUCAAAGGCAAACAAAAUGGGAAGCCGAUUGGGAAGAAGAAUCGUGAACUUUGCCAACCUACCCAUAAAACUCCUCAUGCCCUCAUCUUUUUCCAACAUCACUGAAAUCGCCCUCAAAACCAUCCCCUCCGCCUCCAAGAUAGAGAUCAAGAGGGUUCUCGAGUCCCUGUACGGAUUCGAGGUGGAGAGAGUUCACACCUUAAACAUGGAGGGCAAGAAGAAGAAGCGUGGCGGGCUGUUGAUCGCUAGGCCCGAUUACAAGAAAGCUUACGUGACGCUGAGAAACCCUCUGUCCUUAAACCCUGAUCUUUUCCCCAUAAGGGUCAUCGAGGAGGAGAAGAAGAACAUGAGCAAGCAGUCGAAAUCGAGCAUCCUGGAAGAUCCGGAGACUGUGAAGAGUUCACACUGGCUUGACGAGAAGAAGGACGGCGAAAGAUUCGGGCCCGGCGAACGGCGUAGAUUUGGCGAGCGGACGAGGGGCCGUGGGGAGAAGGUUGAAUCCAAACCGGUUACCAAGUUCCCUUGGAGCAGCAUGACCUCGAUCGGGAGGUAACUCUUGCUGUUCGAGUUGAAGUUUUUUUUAUUUUUUUAUUUUUUUCUUUUUGGAAUUUAUGGAGGAUGUUAGAGAUGGAAACUAGGUGUUUUGAUGCAAUGUGGCAUCGGGUUUUAUUGUCUGGGUAUGUGGAGUUACUUUGAUUCGUUUCUGUUGGAUAUUGUCAAUUGAAUAGUGUCAUGAUAUUUAGCAAUGGUAUCGCGCAGAAUGAUGCUCCUUUGGUUCUUUUUGGAACUCUUUGGAUUUGUUGUUGUCUCUACUUCAUAAUGAUAGUUGAUGUGUGAGUUGAAUGGGAUUUUUUCUGUCACUAAUGAAGAUUUUCCGUUUUUCUUUUCUUGGCUAAAGAGUACAUAACUUGUAGUUUUUCAUUAUGUCUUAUGAUAUUUUGGGUUUUAGUUUCUGGAAAUGUGGAGUUACUUUGAUUUGCUUCUGUUGGAUAUUGUCGAUCAAAUAGUAUUUUGAUUUUGAUAUUUGGUAAUGGUAUUGCGCAGAAUGAUAAUUCGAUAGUGUCGAUCGAAUAGUGUCUACAGAUUUUGAACUGUUAAAAUUAUUAGGCAGAGUUAAGAUGAAGGAGAAAUGAAUAUCGGCAGGUAAAAUUAUUAGGACUGAGCUAAAAACCGAAAUUUGUUGAUCGGCAAGUAUAGAAACCUAUUUCCCACAAGAAAUUAAAAAAAGUACCUUAAUUAGAUGGUAGCAUUAGGCAUGUGCAUUUAUGUCUGAUUUUUAGUAUCUUCAAAUUUACAACAAAGCUUUAAAUGCACAGCUACUAUUAGUAACUGUACAACACACCUCUUAACUCCCUUUGCGCUCAAGGAAAGUGAAAUCCACCUUUUUUUCUUAUGGCUCCAGCUAAUUGUAUCCCUUUGUGCAUGUAAGGUUAUAUAAUUUUACACGAAUUCUUGUGUUAGGCAGUCUAACGGUUAGGCCGGUCGAUCCGCCAUACUUUUGUUUAUGUUGUGUUCUAAAGUAAGUCACUUGUGAAAUUGAGAAGGCCAUAUUUGACUUUUCAUGCACUAGUGUGCAAUGCAUGCCUCUCUAUAAUGUUGGCUGAUAAUCUGCAUGUUAUUGCCAAAUCAAAUCAUCUUCACACACACACACUCACAGAGAGAGAGAGAGAGA